ACUGGCCAACAGCAGCAUCCAGUCAAAACUUUGGAAUCGUAGCGAUUCUUACAAAUUCAUUCUGCUUUAGUUUCAUAUUAUUAUAAAAAUUUUACAUUUAUUUUUGUGGGGUUGUUUUUGAAGUGGUCUAGUGCAAAGUGCUGUGAGUUGUCAUCUGUACCUGUGCUUUGGCGGUAUUUUGUGUUUAAUUCCGCUGCCGACUGAGAAGGAAACAUUAAAAAUAUGAAAUUAUUUAUCUGUCUAGCCGCACUGCUUGUGGCCACUGCCUACGCCGGCGACACCACCUCCAAGAAAGCCACUGUCGAGGCCGCAGGCAGCUCUGCAACGGGCAAGAAAGUGCCACUCGAGAAGAAGCUCGACAAACGCGGUCUACUUGAUCUCGGCUAUGGCUACGGUCAUUCCGGACUUGAUGUCGGCUACAUCGGACAUGGCGGUAUCGAACAUGGACAAGGUUAUGGCCUAAUCAGCGCACAUUCUGCACCCUCAGCCAUUGCUUAUGGACAUACAGGCUACGCUACUGCCGGUGCAGCACAUCAUCCAUUCCUUAUUAGCAAAACUGCCGAUGUACACAAGACAAUCACCAUCACUAAGGGUGUGCCAGUGCCCGUAACAGUCGAUCGUCCCUAUCCGGUUGUACAUGAGAAACGCGUGCCUGUGGAGGUGAAAGUGCCAGUGCCACAGCCCUACGAAGUCAUACGAAAAGUGCCAGUAUCGGUAAAGGAAUACGUUAAAGUACCCAUCCACGUUCCACAACCCUACACUGUUGAGAAACGCGUUGAAGUUAAAGUGCCCGUACCAGUUGAUCGUCCCUAUCCCGUUAAGGUGCCAGUGCCACAGCCCUACGAAGUUGUCAAACAUGUGCAAGUGCCUGUCAAAGUGCUCGUACCACAGCCCUAUGAAGUAAUUAAACAUGUGCAGGUGCCGGUUAAAGUGCAAGUGCCAGUUCCACAGCCCUACGAAGUGAUCAAGCAUGUACAAGUGCCCGUACAUGUGCCAGUCGAUCGUCCAGUGCCCGUCGCUGUACCCAAACCAUACCCAGUGCCAGUCGAGAAGCCGUACCCAGUUGUAGUGGAAAAGCAAGUUAAGGUCGAGGUACCAGUACGCGUCGACAGACCCUACCCCGUGCCCGUUGAUCGUCCAUAUCCCGUUAAAGUGCCCGUAGAUGUGCCACAACCCUACACUGUUGAGAAGCACGUACCCUACACAGUCGACCGUCCAGUACCAGUGCCCGUCAAAGUGGCCAUUGAUCGUCCGUAUCCCGUCCAUGUGACACGUCCAGUGCCGGUACAUGUUGAACGGCCCGUUGCCGUGCCCGUACCCGUACCGGUAGUAGCCGGCCACUCGGUAGUUGAACAUGGUCCGGCCAUAGCAAUCAGUGCCGGCGGUAGCGGUUAUGGACAUGAUGGCGGCUAUGGUGGUCAUGGUUUCUCAUCCAGCGGCUAUUCCUACUCGUCCAUCGGUCACGGCCACGGUUAUGCACAUAAAAAGUAGUAAGUCUUGAGACGAAAAAAAGAAGAGCGGCACUUCUACGAUUACUGUGUAUAUGAUUUCAGCAAAGAAGGUGGAAUUAAUUGAAUGAAUUUUAGUUAUAAUUAUGAAAUUAUGAGGAGACGGAUGUUUGCCGACAAGGCGACAACGGAACAUUUAGAAAGAAAGCAGAGAAAACAUUACGAUCAAAGGCGACGAGAAAAAAAAUUUAAUAAAAUUAAAUAUUAAUCAAACAAAUUAUUGAUGAAAGCGAAAGCCAAUAUAAAAAAUACGCGAAAAUACACAAAUUCUAAUGAAUUUUCAGUAAGGCAGCGAAAUGGGAAAAGGAAAA